AUGUGGAUGGUUGAUAGUAGUGAUAAUAACCGCAAGGAAGUAAAGAUGCCGACAACCGAUAACCCACCGUUCGGCCAUAAGCUCCGGUCGAUAAUGCCACGGCCACCCCUCAGAGGCAGUACCAUCACCAUGUCCACCCCUUCAUUUUUUUGUGCUCAAAACCCUAAUCCCAUCCUUCCACUCUGGAAUCAAUAUCCCAUCGGUGGUGUGAUGGGUGAUUAUGGGGUAAAAAGAGAGAUGGAAGGGGUGCCAUUGGUGAGCACGAGAUGGAACCCUACGCCGGAGCAGUUGCAGGCGCUUGAGGAAAUGUAUAAACAAGGGACACGAACGCCCACAGCCGACCAAAUCCAGCAAAUUGCUUCUCGGCUGAGGAGGUUCGGAAAGAUCGAAGGCAAGAAUGUUUUCUAUUGGUUUCAGAAUCAUAAGGCUCGGGAAAGACAGAAAAAACGCCGCCAGCUGGAGCUACUCGCCGGAAAACAGCCACUCAAUGUUGAGGCCUCUGAACCAAACCAAGGAUUAAGCAAGGGAUAUAUUGAAAUUGAACACAAGAAGAAACUGCAAACACCUUCAAACUGCAGCACGCCCUCAGAGGACUCUGCAUCAAUGCAUGGCUCAGUGAUAGCAGAACGUAAGAAAUUAGAUAUGUGGGCACAAAAACAGCACCCCAAGGAAUUGCAGUCAGCGAACAAUGAAAUUACCUCCUGGAAAUUGGACUCAUCUCACUCUUCUUACAACAACAUCAACUCCCAUAAAGCUUCAUCUUCCGAACAAGAGAACACCGUGCGAUUAUUAACCGAUCAAGCCAACGUUAUCGAGAGCAACCUCAUGUUAAAAGAAAAUCGGACACUUCAGCUUUUCCCGAUGGGCGGUGGUGGCCAUCAAGAAGAGAAUUGCGAUGCCUCUGUUGUUGGCAUUUAUUCGGAAAACCGAUAUAGUAGGCCUAACGAGUUCAUCGAGUUCCUGCCGAUUGCGAGGAAAUAA